UCUUGCUCGAAAAUACAAAUGGCAUUCGUGGGGAAUCGACUUCGUAUAAUUAGUCGAUUUAAACAUAAACAUAUAACGUCUAUGUAUUUGCCUCAGGAGCAGCAAUCAAAUGUCGAAAUAAGAAACAACGCAUCCAAGCAAUUAGCCUUAACCUGGAAACGGCCGGCAGGGCCGCUAAAAGUCUGGAGGGUGAUUGAAAGUAAAAAAUUUACUCAAAAUGGUAAACCCUUGAAAGUGUCCAUUCAAGAUAUACCAAAAGACAGAUACGAUGACGUCAUUUCUCAUAUGAGCGAACUUUAUUCUAAAGAUGAAACGGUUGCCAAAAGUUUCAAUGUCAUCGAUGCUCCAGUUUUUUUGGAGGAUUAUUGUACCGUUUGGCGUUUUGGACUCGAACAAGAUAUUUCCGUGGGAGCUUUCGUCGAAGAUCCAAAAGGUGGGAAACCACUAAUAGUAGGUGUUAACAUUCAAUAUGUCGCAUCUGAGGAGGAUAACGAGAUGAAGAAGAAAAUUCCGUUCAAGACGAAGGAGAUAAAAAAUAUAUUUUUUUCAAUCGAACGAUUGAAAGACAACGUUAACAUUAAAGAGCGAUAUGGCACAAAAACGUAUUUAUGUGGAUACGGCCUAAGCACGGUUCCGGACUUUAGGGGAGACGGUAUUGGGAAACAUUUAUUUACACUCAGAGAUGACGUUGCUCUGGAAUAUGGCGUCCCUGCGUCGGUGGCCGCAUUCACAGGAGACAUUUCGUGGAGAUUGGCCGUUAGUGCAGGUUUUGAUGUUUUAACCGAUGUAAAGUUCUGCGACCUGCUGGAUGAAGAUGGACAGCCCAUUUUUCCUUAUUUAAAAAAAGAAACUAUAAAGAUUAUGGGGAAAAAAUAUAGAUAA